GUCGAUUACACUCUCUUUUUUCUGUUUGCUUAAAACUGAUUGCAAACGCUUGAUGCAAUCGCUUCAGCAAAUCGUACUAAAUUUGUUGUCCUUUCUAUGCUUAUUAUUAUGAAGGAUUUGGAAAUUUGGACGAAAUGAACCGAAUCCACAAGGCGUCUGAUGAUCGAACCUCUGAAUACUUGCCUUAGUCAAGGCAAACGUCUGUUAGAAUAAUCUCUAAAAACCUUAUAGAAAUCGAGUUUGGAUUGGCUUACGGUGCUGAAUAGCGAUAGCAGCUUAGCUGCCCGAAGGAUGCAUUUUCAUUCCCCCUUUCCUUCUCUUGUCAAUCAUUUGUGAUACUGCUUCUCCUCUGAACGGGAGACAAAUGAACACUCUCUUCUCCCAACAGUUGGAUGUUUCGUUUCCUCACCCCUCCCUUUGCCGUACUUUUGGAUACAUCCACAAAGCAAUCUAGUAAAUUGGAUAGUGUUCAGUGGAAUGUAGACGAUGAAAUACUGAACAUUUAUAGUUAGUGUGCUUCUAAGCACCAAAUGUCAUAUGACACUACACUUUUGAAAGAUAGUGAAUGUCCCACUGAAUAUUUAUGAAGAGCAGUUACAGUCUCGUUUACCGCGUUAGACGAUAGUCACUGUAACUAAAAACGUAUUGGAUGUAAUGGUGGAGCUGUGGUACAUUUUGAGUGACUGACUAUUUUAUGAAAAAUAAUUGGAUAGAACAAAUUUAGCUUCUCUCACUUUAUCCACGAAUGACAGAACGACUCCAACUUCCUCUCAACCCCUUUCAUUUCGCAAAUAUUUGCCUUUUUCUAAUGGGCACGAUGGUAUUUAGUCACGUUAUAAUCAUAAUGUUCUUUUAAGAUUCAGUACUACGGAGAAGUGCUUGUAGGAACUCCACCACAAACGUUUCGUGUACUCUUCGACACAGGAUCAACCGACACCUGGUUUCCAUCAAGAAAAUGUUGGUUUCUGGACAUUCCCUGUUGGUUCAUUCGAUUUUAUGACAGUUCGAAGUCAUCUACUUAUCAGCGGAAUGGCACGAGUUUUGAAGUCGAUUAUAUGGACAGUACUUUCUAUGGAUUUUGGAGCAUGGAUACAAUACAGAUAAACUCUUUAGUUAUUCGCAAUCAGGCGUUUGCAGAAGUCACUGAUAUAUUUUCCACCAGUUUCUUUGGCAGUAAAUAUGAUGGAACAAUUGGUAUGUCAUGUGAAAAGUUAUCCGAAUACGGGAAUAUUCCUGUCUUUCCAAAUAUACUCGCUCAAGGAGUGAAGAUGGAUCCAAUAUUUUCAUUCUAUUUGAACGGGAAAGAUGGUGCUGUUGUCGGUGGAGAGAUGGUACUCGGUGGUGUCAACACUGAGUAUUUUACCGGAGAUUUUGAAGUCUUACCCGUCCUUCUCGAAAAUAAAUGGGCUGUUGGAAUGAAAAGCUUCAGGAUAAAUGGAGUGGACUACUGCAAUACAAGAUGUAUUAGUCUGAUAGAUACCGGGACAUCCUUGAUACUGGGAUCCAACGAAGUGGUGGAUGAGAUUAAUUCCAGACUUGGCGCCACGGAGAGUGGGGAUGGAGAGUAUGUAUUCGACUGCAGUAAUAUUGACAAGCUCCCUCCAAUUGAGAUUGUCUUCACGAGAAGGAAAUAUGUGCUUGAGGCGAAGGAUUACAUAGUCAAGGAUUCCAACCUGUUCUUCACACAAUGCGUGUCACCCAUCGCGAGUAAUGACAACAUACAUCCAGGAUUUUGGGUUCUUGGCGAUGUAUUCAUGAAGAAGUUUUACACUGUAUUCGAUUUCGGUGAGAGGAAGAUAAGAUUGGCUGAUGUUAACGAUGGAUGAGGCUUGUUGUGCCGAAAUCAGCCACUGCAGUUUGCAAAGUAAUUUGAGGACUUCUUAUUUGCACAAAUGAUUUCUCCUUCAAGAUAUUUUAGAAACUGGACAAAUGUGGUAAAUAUAUCUUUCAACCUAGUCUUUGAUAUGUGACAUUGUAAUGACUGUGAGGAGUAGCCUCGUUUAACUGCUUUGAAUAUUAGAAAUCUAACUUUACAUAAAGACCACUUCAUGAUAGAAAUGAACAUUGAUUAUUCUAGAAUGAUGAUUG